UUUCAUACUCUCUCCCUCCCUCUCUCCCUGUCAGUGUCAUUCUGUAGUGGAGAUGUGGAGUGUCCUUCUGUCUCUCUGUCUGUUUUUCCAGCCUAACUCAGCUGAGGAAGUGAUGCUGCUGGACACAACAGAGUCUACCUCAGAGCUGGGCUGGAUCACCUAUCCAGAUACAGGGUGGGAUGAGGUCAGCGUCCUGGAUGACCGAGGGAAGCUCAUACGAACCUUUGAAGUCUGCAAUGUCAACCAAAAUCCCCGUCAGCAGGACAACUGGUUGGCUACUCCUUUCCUGUACCGCCACUCGGCUCCACGGGUGUUUGUCACGUUGCGUUUCUCUGUGAGAGACUGCGCGAGCCUGCGUUCACCGUCGCCCACCUGCAGGGAGACACUCACUCUAUACUACAAGCAGGCCGACUCCCAGAGGGAGCUGGAGAGGACCUGGGUAGCUGAGCCAUCGAGUGGGGAGAGGGAGACCAGGGAGGGCUGGGUAAAGAUUGACACCAUCGCAGCCGAUAAGAGUUUUUCCAAGGUGGAGCCCAGCUCACCUCACCAGUAUCAGCCCAACAGAUACAGCCGUAUCAACAUUAAAACACGCAGCUUUGCCCCCCUCACACGCAAAGGAUUUGUCUUGGCCAUCGUCGACAGCGGAGCUUGCGUUUCCCUCAUGGGGGUGUCUAUCUUCUACCGCCGCUGUCCAGCCACAAGCCUCUACCUAGCUUCGUAUCCACCGACUCCCUCGGGUGCCGAGCCAACAGCUUUAGUGCCUGUGACCGGGACAUGUGUCCCUCACAGUAAGGCACAAGGAGACACGCCCCCUCGCAUGCACUGCAAUGCUGAAGGAGAGUGGAUGGUGCCCGUCGGUGGAUGCGUCUGUGAUGAAGGUUAUGAGCCGAACCUCAAUGGAUCUGCCUGUCUGGCCUGUCCCGUGGGCUACUUUAAGUCCAUUUCAGGCUCUAUUCCCUGCACUGUGUGCCCAUCCAACAGCCGAACCAGCCAUGAGGGAUCGAGUGUGUGUGAAUGUCGCAGCGGCUUUUACCGGGCCGCCAGCGAUGCCAACUCUUCUGCCUGCACAACUCCUCCGUCUGCUCCAGUCUCUCUGACCUGGGAGUAUGAGAGCGGCGAUGGUGGGGUUUCCUUGAGGUGGCGCCCUCCGGUGGACAUGGGAGGCCGAAGUGAGGUGUGGUACGGGGUGGUGUGUCGCAUCUGUCCGUCACCGACCUUCACCAACUCGGCUUUGUGCUCUUGGUGUGGGGAGGGCGUCACCUUCAGCCCCUCCCAGACCAACCUGAAACAAACCAAGGUCACCCUCAACAACCUGCUGACCAGAGUCACGUAUCUCAUACAGGUGCAAGCCAUGAAUGAAGUGUCAGCUUUGAGUCCUUUUCCAGUUCGAUACUCAAGCAUCAAUUUCACUACGAGCCAGUCAGUUCCCAGUACCGUUCCUAUGAUGCACCAGCUGAGCCGGGCCCCGGACUCCAUCACUCUGUCGUGGCCUCAGCCAGACAGGCCUAAUGGAGACAUCCUGGAGUAUCAGCUCAGAUACUAUGACAAGGGUUCAGAUGUGGACAGCGCAUUGACUGUGUACAGUGAGACUAACACAGUGACCGUCAAGUCUCUGAUUCCCGGCUCCAUCUACGCCUUCCAGAUCAGAGCUCGGAAUGAGCGAGGCUACGGGCCCUACAGCAACACCAUCUACUUCACGACGCUGCCUCUAGAGGAGCAUUCACAGCAAAUCCAGACUCGGCUUCCUCUGCUGGUGGGCUCGGUCAUGGGUGGGGCGGCGUUUCUCCUUGUCGUGGCAGCCAUUGUGGUCGUGGUGGUAUUUCGCAGUAAGAGGAGGGAGAGUCCAUACAGUGACCGACUCCAGAGGUACAUCAGUAACAGAGGUGGAGUUAAGUAUUACGUUGACCCAUCCACUUAUGAGGACCCCAGUGAGGCUGUCAAAGAAUUUGCCCGUGAGAUCGACCCCACUCACCUCAAGAUCGAGGAGGUGAUUGGUGCAGCCCAAUUUGGUGAGGUUUCCCGCGGUCGAUACCGUCCGCUGGGUCGCAGGGAAGUGCUGGUAGCAGUGAAGACUCUGCGGUGGGGAGCGUCGGACAGAGAGAGGGGGAUGUUCCUCAGUGAAGCAGGAGUCCUGGGACAGUUUGACCACCCCAAUGUGCUGAAACUAGAGGGUGUUAUCACCCGUACCCCUCCAGAGAGGAUCGUCACUGAGUUCAUGGAGAACGGGCCCCUGGAUGCCUUCCUCAGGGAGAACGAAGGUCAGUUCAGUGUCCUCCAGCUUGUCGGGAUGCUCAGGGGAGUUGGAGCAGGGAUGCGUUACCUCUCUGAGAGAAACUUUGUUCACCGAGACCUGGCGGCCAGGAACGUGUUGGUUAACUCCAACCUGGUCUGUAAAGUGUCCGAUUUUGGCCUCUCCAGGCUUAUGAGGGGCUUGGACCACAACAUACCAACUUACACUGCCUCACUGGGCAGUAAGAUUCCUGUGAGGUGGACGGCACCUGAAGCAUUUCAGCAUCGCAAGUUCAGCUCAGCUAGUGAUGUCUGGAGCUUUGGAAUACUGAUGUGGGAAGUUAUGUCCUACGGAGAGCGUCCGUACUGGGACAUGAGCAAUCAAGAGGUGAUGAAGGCAGUAGCAGAUCAGUACCGUCUCCCGGCCCCCCACAACUGCCCCCCUGCCCUCCACUCUCUAAUGCUUCAGUGCUGGCAGGCCGACCGGGCAGACCGACCAGGUUUCGACUCAGUCCUGUCGUCUCUGGAUCGACUCAUCAGGCACCCCGCAUCCCUCAAAGCUGAGCCAACUCGAAGCUGCUCCCAGCCGCUGCUCAGCCCCACUCCCACAGACUUAUCAUCAGUGGCGACGGUCAGUGAUUGGCUGAAAGCGCUGAGGAUGGAGAGGUAUCAGGAUGAGUUUGAUCGAGCGCACCUGGACACGUUAGACAGAGUCAGCAAGCUUACGAUGGAAGACGUCCAGGAUCUCGGCGUGAACCUGCUGGGACACCAGAGGAAGAUCGUCAGCGCAGCCCAGCAGCUCAGGGCUCACCUGACACAGGGGCAGGUGGAGGUCUGAAACCUACCAGCAAUACAACCUGUGCCGUGGAUUUAUGGGCUUCACAUUCCUCUGCUUGUUGCGUCCAGUUUCCGCAACAUUUUAUUUGGAUGGUGCACAUUUUAACCAUAAAAAAGAGAGAGAAUCAGCUAACAGUGCCACUCUGUCUAUUCUGAUAUACCUGACACUGCAACCAGAAGCAGUGAGAAAAGACUUUCUCAGCCAGUCAUUCGAGACGACUAACAGAAGAGAGAUACACUACAAUUCACUACAGGAGCUGCGGUCCAACUCAAAGUGAGGCUAGAAAGUUGCUGACAGGGAGGACUUUAAAGAUUCCUCUAUGUUUUUCCACUAGAUUUCACUUUAUUGUUGUCUGCCUUCUCCUCUCCUCCCCCCUCUGCAGUCCAAACUCUCCCUUUCUCCUCCUCUGCUCACCUCGCCUGAAAUGCUUCCGUUUCCCCUGUGCUCAAUAAAACCACAAAAGUAUUUUUUUUGUGAAAGUAUUUAGGGAGAUCUCUCCUCACAAAGAAUUGCGUGAAGACAAUCAAAGCCUUUUUCUAAUUUUUCUUUUUUUUUGAGUUAUUUGUAAAGUUGUAUCACUUCCUCUCCACUUUAAAUGCCAAAUGCUAAACAAACAGUGUUACCUAGCAGCUAAUGAAUCACCUAAGGAGGUGUUACCGUUAGCUGUCAGAAAAAUGUAUAGGUUGUUCAGUGUUACAGCAAAUGCUAUAAACCACCUGUCCAAAGUCGGUACUGCAAAUCCUUAAAGUUAUAUAGCAAUCACUGCCAUAAUAUUGGGAAAAUCAACCUAAACACGAACAGGCUUUUAAUAAAUGUAAGCCAUGUUUUGUUUUGUUUUGUUUUUUUAUCCCCCUUUAGAAGACAUAUCCAAGGUCUGAGAGCUGCGCUGUUUGUGCAACUCACUCUCACUGUCGAGCCUCUCAGUGACAGCAGAGCUCACUUACUCUAAAACUAUUUCCAAACUUCACCUCAGCUGCGAACACGAGCUUCUGCCUGCGAUGGAAACAGAAGCUAACAGCACCCACCUUUACAGUAUGUCUGCAUUUCACACUUCACCUCUUUUGUUUGAUCACUAGAGUAACGACACUGAGUCAUUGAAGCAUUGCGAAUGUGUGAAAUGAGCAAGAUGGACAAAAUCUGAUCUGAUUUACACUUGAAGGAAGGAAGCAAAAUGCUUUGUAGGUAGCUGCCCGUAUGUCUGUGUGCUGUAUAUGAGGCUCUGUUAUUGUGUACAUGCUGUACAUGAUGUGUGUGAGUGAGUGUGUCUGUGUGUGAGUGUGUGUGUGCACGCAUGUGAGACAAGUGUGUCAGGCUACACACAUUUAUAGGUGUUUACUUGUAUGAAUGUUCACUACUGUUCCGUAAUUGUGCAAAUU